AUGGCGAGAAGAUUACAAGGCAAGGUAGCCCUCAUCACCGGCGGAGCCAGGGGGAUCGGCGCUGCGGCGGCGCGGCUCUUCUCUCAGCACGGCGCCAAAGUCGUGAUAGCCGACAUCCGGUCCGACCUGGGCCGCUCCGUAUCCAACCAGAUCCAACUCGAGUCGGGCCACCCCGUCUCCUACGUUCAAUGCGACGUGGCGAGCGACUCGGACAUGCAAAACGCAGUCGACGCCGCCGUUUCGACGUACGGGAAGCUCGACAUCAUGUACAGCAACGCCGGGAUAGCAGGGGAGAGGUUCGACCCUCUGGCGAAGAUCAAGAAAGAAGCGUUCGGGAAGGUGUUCGACGUCAACGUGUACGGAUCGUUCCUGGCAGCGAAACACGCUGCCAGAGUGAUGGUCCCGCGGAAGAGCGGGACCAUUCUUUUGACGGGCAGCGCCGUGACGGCCAGCUACGGCACCACGCCGCACAUGUACUCUGCAUCGAAGCACGCUGUGGUGGGGCUGGCGAAGAACCUGUGCGUGGAGCUGGGGGAGUUUGGGAUUCGUGUGAACUGCAUCUCGUCGUUUGGGACUCCGACCCCGAUGGGGUCGGAGUCGAUGGGGCUGGACGAGAAGACUCUGGAGGAGAUGUUCACGACGAUCGGAAAUAUGUUCUCGGCGGUCGGGAAUCUGAAAGGAGUUGUUCUGAAACCCGAGGAUGUCGCGGAGGCCGCGCUGAACCUGGUGAGUGAUGAGUCCAAGUACCUUAGUGGGUUGAACCUUUUGGUCGAUGGUGGUUACUGCCUCAAGAGUGCUUACUAA